CCUGCUGAAGAAAGAAAGCCACUUUGGGAGCUGGUGCUGGAACAGUUCGAAGAUCUCCUCGUGCGGAUUCUUCUCUUGGCUGCCUUUGUUUCAUUUAUCCUGGCCUGGUUUGAAGAAGGUGAAGAGACUACGACUGCAUUUGUGGAGCCAGUUGUCAUCAUCAUGAUUCUCAUAGCUAACGCUGUUGUGGGAGUGUGGCAGGAGAGAAAUGCUGAGAGUGCUAUUGAAGCCCUAAAAGAAUAUGAGCCAGAAAUGGGAAAGGUGAUACGCACUGACAAGAAUGGAGUCCAGAGGAUCCGGGCUCGUGAUAUUGUACCUGGGGAUAUCGUGGAAGUGGCAGUUGGUGACAAGGUGCCAGCCGACAUCCGGAUCAUUGAGAUCAGAUCCACAACGUUACGGGUCGAUCAGUCCAUUCUCACAGGUGAAUCUGUGUCUGUGAUUAAGCACACGGACCCCAUCCCUGACCCCAGGGCUGUCAAUCAAGACAAGAAGAACAUGCUUUUUUCUGGUACCAACAUUGCAGCUGGCAAGGCUGUUGGGGUCGUCAUUGCUACUGGGGUAUACACAGAAAUUGGCAAGAUCAGGAAUCAGAUGGUUGCAACUGAGCCAGAGAAGACACCAUUGCAACAAAAGCUGGAUGAGUUCAGUCAGCAGCUCUCCAAGGUCAUAUCACUGGUCUGCAUAGCCGUCUGGGUCAUCAACAUCAGCCAUUUCAGCGACCCAGUCCAUGGCGGUUCUUGGUUCCGGGGUGCUAUCUACUAUUUCAAGAUUGCUGUUGCUUUGGCUGUGGCAGCCAUUCCAGAGGGCCUUCCUGCUGUCAUCACCACUUGUCUAGCCCUGGGCACACGCCGCAUGGCCAAGAAGAACGCUAUUGUGAGGAGCCUCCCGUCUGUGGAAACACUGGGCUGCACCUCGGUCAUCUGCUCUGAUAAGACCGGCACCCUCACCACUAACCAGAUGUCCGUCUGCAGGAUGUUUGUUGUUGAGAAGAUUGAGGGCAUCCACUGCAGCCUGCAUGAAUUCAGUAUCACAGGAUCCACCUAUGCCCCAGAAGGGCAGAUCCUGAAGGAUGAAAAACCUGUUCGUUGUGGCCAGUAUGACGGUCUGGUGGAAUUAGCCACUAUCUGCGCUCUCUGCAAUGACUCCUCUUUGGAUUAUAAUGAGUCAAAGAAAGUCUAUGAGAAAGUGGGAGAAGCAACUGAAACAGCCCUGACCUGCCUGGUGGAAAAGAUGAAUGUCUUCAACACUGAUAUCGGCAACCUCUCUAAGGUGGAAAGAGCCAACGCCUGCAAUUCUGUAAUCAAGCAGCUGAUGAAGAAAGAAUACACCCUGGAGUUUUCCCGUGAUCGCAAGUCCAUGUCCGUCUAUUGCACACCUGUCAGUUCUGGCCACAACUCUACUGGCAGCAAGAUGUUUGUCAAGGGAGCCCCUGAAAGUGUGAUCGAACGCUGCAACUAUGUCCGCAUUGGCACCAACCGGGUUCCUCUCGCACCUUCUACCAAGGAGAAGAUAUUAUCCAGAAUCCGGGAGUGGGGAACGGGCAUUGAUACCCUGCGCUGCCUUGCUUUGGCCACCCGGGACAGUCCUAUUAAGAAAGAGGAUAUACAGUUGGAUGACUCCACCAAAUUCAUCAAUUAUGAGACUAACCUAACCUUUGUGGGCUGUGUGGGGAUGCUGGACCCUCCCCGCAAGGAGGUGACUUCAUCCAUUGAGAUGUGCAGAAAAGCUGGCAUCCGAGUCAUCAUGAUCACAGGGGACAACAAGGGGACAGCUGUGGCCAUCUGCCGGAGAAUCGGGAUCUUCUCAGAGACCGAGGAUGUGACUGAUAAGGCCUACACUGGAAGGGAGUUUGACGAUCUUUCCCCAGAGGCUCAGCGUGAGGCCUGCUAUUCAGCUCGCUGCUUUGCUCGAGUUGAACCUGCUCAUAAGUCCAAGAUAAUUGAAUACCUGCAGUCUUUCGAUGAGAUUACAGCUAUGACUGGAGAUGGAGUCAAUGAUGCCCCUGCCCUGAAGAAGGCUGAGAUUGGAAUUGCUAUGGGGUCUGGUACAGCUGUGGCCAAGUCAGCAGCAGAGAUGGUGCUAUCUGAUGAUAACUUUUCCACCAUAGUGUCUGCUGUUGAGGAAGGCAGAGCCAUCUACAACAACAUGAAGCAAUUCAUCCGCUACCUUAUCUCAUCAAAUGUUGGCGAGGUUGUUUGCAUCUUCCUGACCGCUAUCCUGGGAUUGCCUGAAGCUCUGAUCCCAGUCCAGCUGUUGUGGGUGAACUUGGUGACUGAUGGGCUCCCUGCCACUGCUCUGGGAUUCAACCCCCCUGACCUAGACAUCAUGGAUAAACUUCCCCGCAACCCCAGGGAGCCUCUCAUCAGUGGCUGGCUUUUCUUUCGCUACCUUGCCAUCGGAGUAUAUGUUGGCCUGGCAACAGUGGGGGCAGCUACCUGGUGGUUUCUGUAUGAUGCUGAAGGGCCACAAGUUACCUUCUACCAGCUGAGAAACUUCAUGAGAUGCACAGAAGACAACCCCAUCUUUGAAGGAUUCGACUGUGAAAUCUUUGAGUCUCGUUACCCAACCACUAUGGCACUGUCUGUGCUAGUGACAAUUGAGAUGUGCAAUGCUCUGAACAGUGUGUCUGAAAACCAGUCGUUGCUGAGGAUGCCACCAUGGCUGAACCUCUGGCUUCUCGGGGCUAUAAUCAUGUCCAUGGCACUGCACUUCUUGAUUCUUUAUGUGAAGCCUAUGCCUCUGAUCUUCCAGGUAACCCCCCUGAGCUGGCCACAGUGGGUGGUUGUACUGAAAAUUUCCUUGCCUGUUAUCCUGCUUGAUGAAGGACUCAAAUAUCUUUCCCGCAACCAUCUAGAAGGAAUUCUCAAGACAGUCAGAAACAUGUGGAAUGGGGAGCACCAGCUGAAAGCCUGCAGGACUCCAGAUCACACAGGAAGAAGACAAGAAAUGAAUGACACAAAGGAAGCUCACUAUCUAAAUAAAGGAACCCUAAGCUGCAACUCGGACUGAAGUCUUGCAUGUGUGACCAUGACUAGAAGCCAGCAGGACAUGCAUGUGUCCAACUAUCAGACUAAUGCGGGUGAAUUGUCGAAAAGAAAAAUACUGAUUUGUUUCGUUUCGUAGCUUUUUUUUUUUUUUCUUUCCUGUAUAUAAUGGUGCAAUUACUGGACAGCUAAAUUAUGGUUUGGGGAUGGAACUAUAUGUAACUGAGUCAUUGUAACACAGCUCUUUGGGGAUCUAUUCAUGAAAAAUUAGUGACACUUCUUAAAAAUAGCCCUCGAGAGCGAGGUCAGCAAGCAUCCUUCACUUGGUGACAGCACAGUAAGAGGAGAAGUCAUGAUAUCAAAGUGGUUUGUGGAACCUGUGCGUGAGAAAUGCCAGGGGUGCAUUCCAGAGCUGAAAAAGAUGGUGCGGCAUGGCAAAAAUGGGCGCCAAGAAAACACUGAGCUGCAUGGGAGGACAGGAAGGAUAAGUGAAAGAGGCACAUAAGAUGCAACAGUUCAGGCUGGUUGGCCUCCGGUUGAGCAGACUCAUGUCCACCAAAGCCAUAGGAACUAGAUGGCAGUGCUGGUGCUUUGACAGCCAUGCUACCUAGCUGCCCGACUUUAGUAGCAUACAUCAAGAUCGUUUCAGUGUAUGGACAUAGAUAUCCUGUGUCCUGAUAGAAUUACUAGUGGUGUGCAUGUUGCAGAUGUGCACUUACAGAGAUUUUUGUGGCUGCAACUGUAGAUUUCCCCUCCCUCCCCCUUUGUUUUACUGUGUUGUUAUUAUCUUCUCUCCAUGUUGAAAAUCUUGAAUCUUCUCAGGCUCAUCAGACACCAAAUGUGGCUUAGUUCUCUUGUCCUUCCUCUUCUGUAUGACCUCAUUAAAUCUCUUCCUAUGCUUUCAGUCUGAAACAUUUCCAUGUAGAGUAAACUUUUACAACAAAACAUGGGAAUGAUGGAUCUUAGAAUCAACCACAUCUACUGCCCAUUCUUGAUCAAGCUUUCUGACCAAGCACUUUUUUUUUUUUUUAAUAAUUGUACAGAAAGUAGAACAUGAGACUAAUUCUCAGAUGGCAGUUGAGCGUUAGAUAAUAAUAUUAGCUUUGGGGGACACCUCUUGUUCCCUUAUGAUCUUCUUUACCAUUCUUAAAAUCAGUGCUACGCCUCCAACAGGGGAAACAAAUGUCCACAAAAUAAAGCCCCAUUUCCUGAGCACUGUCACUUGUGGACUCCCCUUUAAAGGCACUUCCUUUAUUCCAGUCCUUUGAGAUUGUUUUCCAGUAGAAGAGUUGUGCAGAUGAUAUUUUGCAUAGUAGCAUUAGGUUGUAUGUACCAGUAGAUUGGCCUGGCUCUGUCAAAAUCCAUGUUGCACCAGCUGAGGGCUUGGCUGUAAAUACAGCCAGCUGCUUUUCCAGCUCUCUAAAUACUCCCACUUCCUCAUUCCUCCCUUUCCUCAGAGCCCUGUCCCGAUGAUACUCAGUUAGCAGGAGUCGGCGGCUUUUCCUUCUUUCUAAACUACAACCUUGUGUACACAAUGGCACUAGGGCCAAGCAAUGCUUUUGAUAUCAUUUGAUAUCAUUUUUCUCGGUUACUAUCCUGAUCAGGUUUUGUUUUUUUCUUUUUAAAAACCUCCAUUGCUUUUUUUUGGUUCUCUUUCACAUGUGUGCAGACAAGCUGGCUGUGCUUCGACCAGCUGGCCACGUGAUGUACAGUAUGUGCCAAACACCAUCCCUUCCUUUUUCUUUCUCCAUCACCAGCAUUGAAAAAGAUGGGUAGUGCCCCAGACCAGUGGGAAUGUACAGACUUGUUAUACUACUGAGCUGAUUCAAUUGUACAGAAAACAUUGCAUGAAAAUGUUGUUACUGUAUUUAAUAUAUAAUGUAUUCAAGGAAUUUUAAUAUGGAGCUCUUUACAAAUAUAUCUUUAUAGAUACUGUGCGGUUACAGGAAAGUCAUUCACCGGAAAAAUUUCUAUUCACCAUCCUGGAGAAUUUUUUCUCCUAAUGUGUCACAUCCAAGUUGAUUUAAUUGGUGAUUUCACAGGCUGACUGAUUCCUUCUCAGAGGCCAGUUCCACUAACUCACCCAGCAUGGCCCAGACACUGACUAAGCCUUCAAGGAACUGGUGCACAAGGGUGAAGUCCACCUUUCACUGCACCCCUUCUCCCCUAGCUCCCUGUGUUUUUGGGGGGGUUUUCAGAACAGGCUGGUAAAUAAUAACCAGUAGAAAUUUAAUCCACGAUUAACAGGCUAAAUUCUGCCUUCAUGUGAGUAAAUGGAUUGCCUUCAGGGGAGAUGUUUCUGCUAUCCCAUGGUUGAAAUUGGUGUAUAACAUCCUGGUCGUCCUUUCUUUUGCAGGGGAGGAGGGAAUGAGGGGAGAGGGUGUCCAGAAAGUGUUGUCCAGCCAGGUUUGCAAGCUGCUUCAUCUGUAAAGCCCCACUGCUGGUACUCAUUUGCAUCCAGCAGAGAUCAGUGCUGGGUUGGACCUCUGAACCAGAUCCUCAGCUGGUAUGAAACAGUUGCCCCACUGGAAUGACCCUGAUUUGCAGCAGCUGAGGAUCUGGCCUGGGUGGUGGUAUUUUUUUUUAGCCUAAAUGUGUGCUUUUCUUUUCCUAAAACAUUCAAUGGCCUUAUUCUGAGCUCUGUAAUGUAAAGUGUCUUUAAAAAAACGAAAGAAAGGCUGUCUCAUUGGGUAUGUAAGAAGCAGAGGUAAAAUCAUGGACUUCUUAAAUCUCUCUUAAAUUCCUACUGGUCAUUUUGCAUUGCCUCAUCUGAUACUGGGAAACAUGGGUCCUGUGGAUCCCCGCAAAUUCAUUGUGAUUACUUAUAAAAGAAGGGCACGGUGCAGGCUGGAGUAGGGCAAUGCUAGUUUCUGUUCAGAUGUUACUAAUUUAGCGUCCCUGUUACUAAAAUGCAUCCCUGCUGCUCUGUGAUUGUAUGGGUGCAUUACAGGGUACGAAAUAAGGGAAAAGAAAGCAACAAACCAUGGCCUUAAUCCAGCCAAAAGGCUCACUCUUCUCAACAGCAGCAAUUUCCAUUUGCCCUUUUUCAUUAUACUCAUCUGAUAUAUUCUAAAAAUAUUUCAUAUCAAGUUGAUGAAAUCUGCCCUGAAGACACCUUCAAGAGGUACUCUCUUAAGGGUGCCCCAUUUCAAAGUGUCCAUGAUUUUUCUGUAUGAUCUUAAACUAAGGAAUCACAUCUUUCUUUGAUUUUCUUUUGUUGCCUGUGCCUUGAAUGGUUGUUAAAGAUAAGUUUUGUUCUUGGCUUUUUGCAGUUAGAGAGAUUAGAGAUCAAAUAUUUUAAUGAAGUAGAAAAAUAUCCUUAGAUUGAAUUUUUUAUUUUUUUUUUCCUUUUUAUGGUUUGGUGGCGGGUCUGGAUAAGUCAGAGUAGUUAUUUAUUGUUUGUACAUCACCAGCAGCAUGCUGGAUGCUCUAACAUACCAUAGUAAGUUUAUUAUUUUGUGUAGACUUGGAAGUUCCUGACCCAGUUGUGGAACUGGGUCUCGGUUGUAUCUUACUGAAGCAUUGGAUGGUGUGCAAUAGAAUGGAGACGUACACUGGCGUAGCAGUUUCUUCGUACUGCAUGUUGCAGAGAGCAGCCUUGGGCAGAGGGAAGGGGGGAAGAGUCUAGUAGUACCUGUCCCUUUCUGAAAAAAAGAAUCUGGGAAUUGCACCCUUUUGCCUUCUAGGAUAUUCAAACUUCUUUAUUAAAUCCCACCUCUUUCCAGCAAUUCUUCCAGCAACACACCCUCCUAAAUAAAAGGAACAAACUAUUCAUAACUCCUCAUGAGUGAGCACCAGAAUAGUAGCCCAUGUGGCUUUCCACAAGCACUUUAAAUUAAUUUCUCAGGGGCCAUUUAACAUGUUGGAUGACAGUAAUACAAUAAUCCUGGGAGCCAAGGUGCUCCUACCUCUUGAAGAAGUGCUAGGGGUUGAGCUUUGUGUAAUGGCUGUAGAGUCAGUUUUGUGCUGUUUCAGGACCUGAGUGUCAUUGUGGCUUAUGACUGGAUGAGCUCUCACCAAGAACUUGAUCGUAUCAGGAAGGGUUCAUUCUUCGAAGAAAAGACAGCUCUUAUUUGAAACGGCAGUGGAGAGAAUAAUUGGUGCCACCUCUGAAAUGUUGUUUUCUUUCAAUUCCUUUGUUGAACUAAUGUGGCCAAGAGUCUUGAUGCUUACCCAUGGGUUGAACAUUGGAUUUGCUUUGGGUAUUCAACGAGAUUCUGGCACUGUUAUGAUAAUGCUGCUUUAUGUAUGCUUCUAAGAGUUGUUUCAAGACCUGGGUAGUACCAGAAGGUGUCUGCAAAUAACAAGAAAUUGGAGAUGUGGGAGGGAUUGAGAAACUCCUGCAACAAAAGUGGGGCUGGGAUGAGUUUGCCCAGGCUGGAGGUGGUGGUGAAGAAAAGGGAUUUAAAAUGGAACUUUUGGAGACCUGAAUCCUGGCAAGAUGCACAGUACAGGGUGAGGCACAGGCUUUCAUACAAGGCAGAUUGGCACAAGAGCACUUGCAUAGCAAAUUCCUGUUCCCACCUGUAUCACUCACUUUGUGCACAAGGGAUUGGACACUGUAUCACUGGGAAUCUUUCCAUUGGCUGCACUGGGCUUUGAAUCAGAAUGAUGUGCAUCACAAGAACCUUUAAAGCAUGAGCGUUUGCAAGAUCAAGGCCUAAAAAUUCUCUUUUUCACAUCCAGGAACAGCUGUCGCCUUUAAUGCAAGAAUAAAUGUGCAAUGUUCCUGAUAGAGAAUGAAAUGGGUAGAAAACUUAUCUGCUUCCUGCUUGCUGGGAAGCUCAGGGCCAGCCCACCUGCUCUCUCAAUACUUUGCAUUCCCAAUCUCUGCAAGCACACAGCAGGUAAGAGACACCCUGGCUGUAAAUGGGAAGACAUGUUCAGACUGGAUUGUCUUGAGUGCUGUCCGUGGUCCUGAUGUAAAAAGCAAAGCCCUGCACAUAGUGCUUGAGUGAAGAGCUCCAGUGUGCACAACAAGGACCAAUGUGGGGGUAUAUUAUCCCUGUGGACUGUCCAGCAGAUGUAUGCAAAUAUGCUUUCCUGCUUUACUUUGGCAGCCCUUUUGUCUCCCACCCCCAAGGCAGCAUGCCCCAAGUGAGGCAUGAUCCUGGCUGUUAUGAAAAGCCCCCACCACCUACAGAGUUGAUGUUUCUUGAUAAACCCGGGGUCAGCAACCCCCUGGCAUGUGAAGCCAUUUUGCUUGGCGUGCCACAGCUGGCCUGGGCUCCCGCUGGCCACGGAGCCUGGGCUCGCAGCAGAGAGGCUGCAAGCAGCUGCACCAGGAUCUGUGGAGCCCCGGCCUGGCUUGUUGCUGGCAGCGGGUACAUGCAGACCUUGGGGCAGACGGCAGGGAAGGGACCAGGGCUGCGCUGCCACAACAAGGAUCGAGACCCCUCCGUUUCUCCCCACUACCCCCCCAUCCAUCCCUGGCACAACAACAUCUUACAAGUCGAGGUUGCAGGGUGUUUUAGCACCACCCAAAAAUGUUGCUGACCCCUGCAAUAGACCAAGAUGCAAAAAUGCCAUGAUAUUCUUCUGUGCCUGAUAUAGGGAUUUUCAAAUACUUUAGCUUCACUUACUCCACUUGCUUCCCAAAUAGACAAGCAAUAUCAGUCUGCCUGUCUCACCAGUCCCCUGCCCCUGAUUCCCUAUAUAGCAAUUCCCAGAUCUUCCACUUUCUCCCAGCUUUUCUUCAUCCCACCACCCCUCCAGUGCGACCUGGAAUCCCAUUGAGGUUAGUGAGAGAAGAACGGGUUCUGCUAGUGGAUUGGGGAGGUGGUUUACAAAGCCAAAGUAAAGGUCCUUAAACUCCCUGGGAGUGGAAAUGAUGGAUUAUUUAGGCUACCGAUUGGGAUUAUCUUUGGUUUGGGGUUUGCAGGAACUAAACUAGUAAGAUGACAUAUGGAGAAGGUUAAAAGUGCCCCUUGCAUUGUCUCCUUUUGGUGUCAUUCAGGUUUUGGAAAAGUAAGAAUGGAACAGUAAACCCAUGUAGAUCUCGAUACCUAUGAGCCCAGGCAGACGUGUGCUACUUUGGAGACAUCUAUAGCAGAUUCUUGCCCAUGCUGUGCAGAGUCUGUGCUGUGCUUUUGUCAGUGCACUUCAGGCACUGGAGAGAGAAAACAUUGACUUGUUUACAGGUGGUCUUAAUGCCAUGGCUUGAAUCUCUGAACAUAAAAUUUUGAUAUGAUGCCUGAACAGCUGAACCUAGAAAUCUCAUUGACUGCGCUUAGCAGCGACAGGUAAAUUGUUAUAUCUUUGGAUAAAAGUUGUUUGGGGGAGGGGGGAAAUAGAAGCGAAAGAAACAAGGUUUCCUAUUUUAUUAUACGAGAGAUAUUUUUCCACUAAAUUACUGAUUCCUAAAUUAUGUACUUUGCCUGAUGUAAAUAGCCAGGUGUGUUGUGAAGACUUAAGAAGGCUCAUUGUAGUCACAUACAUAUGGUCCACUCUGUUCGCACAAUAUUGAGCUGAUUUGUUUUAUACUUAUGAAAUUACAGAAAUAAAAACAAUUUUA